AGUAGGCGUCUGAUUUGAUAAGAUAGGGCUGCCCGUUGUUUCCGACAACGGCAAGCACGUCACACAUUGAAGCUCCCCUAUUCUUUUGAUCUUUGAUUCUCCCCAAUAACUAGAGGAGAUGGGAAGUUUCAUCUCCAAGUCAUUCUUUUAUUUACACCUUAGAGUCGUCUAGGUAGAUAAUCAUCUUCUAGGGCUCAUUAACAUUUGCUCCCAUACCGCGAAUAUGGCGCCGCCGUCGAAUUCGGACCACUCGCCUCUCCUACGAUCGCGUUCGUCCUCAACCUUAGGAUCGCUUAGCUCUCACACGUCCAUCAGCGAUGACUCCCCGAACCUGAAGCUUCGGCAUAAGACGCGUGCCCUACGCGCCGUUGCCUUCAUGGUAUCCAUCUUCGCAGCAUUAUGCGCUGGUUCCAUCACCGUCUUCUCGCUCUAUGGACACCUCUUCCAGUCGCGACUACAUUAUACGCAAUUUCAAAUCAACGGCAUUGCUAGUGCCAUGAGCCUUUCUAUGUAUAUCCCAGUCCCGAUGAUAGGAUACGCCUGCGACCGGGUAGGGCCUGGUCCGCUCUCUUUACUAGCUUCGAUCUUGCUAGGAGGUGGCUACGGGUUGGCGGCCGGCUUAUAUCACAAGGGUUUAGAAGAGGUUGAAGACGGAGGGAAGGGCGUGAAAACCACAUUCCCUCCUAUGAUAUUCGCUUUCGUGGCUAUUGGCAUAGGCACGUCCUGCAUGUAUCUGAGCUCCAUUACUACAUGCGCCAAGAACUUUGGCCAGGGUAAAUAUCGAGGCUUGAUGCUGGUUGCUCCCAUCGCAUCAUUUGGUCUUGGUGGAAUGGUUCUCAGCCAGAUCGGGAGUCGGAUUCUCUACGAGACACAACCCGACGGAGCUAGAGAUGUGAAUGUUUUCCAUUUCUUCCUGUUUCUCUCCAUCAUCCUCGCUAUCCUUGGGCUCAUUGGUACAUUUUCGCUACGAGUUGUGGACGAAGAGGAUCUCAUCGACGGGGCGGUAGAAGAGCUAGAGAGGAGCGGGCUCCUCGAAGGAAGCGAGGUCUUCCGUCGCCGAGCGCAUCGGGACUACGGUGCCAUCGAUGCCGUUGACGAUGCUGGAGAUAUGGACCCGGCUAGGGACGAUGAGGAUGGUAAUGCCGGGCUAAAAAAGACCUGGCUUCUCAAUGCCGAGACCAGACGAUUCCUGUCAGAUCAUACAAUGUGGUGGUUUGGUAUUGGAUUCUGGCUCAUCAUCGGACCGGGCGAAGCAUUUAUUAACAAUCUCGGCACUGUCGUUGGGACGCUGUAUUCUCCGAGCACGAAGUCAAAUGAAACUUCAGUAGCAACGCACGUGUCUAUUAUGGCUGCAGUGAGCACUGUCGCUCGUCUUCUCGCAGCAUCGUUGAGUGACUUGUUAUCCCCCAGUCCUCAUAGCCAGCACAUCCAGACUGGGUUUCCGACCUCGCUCCCUGAGCUAAGGCAGAAAAUGACGGUCUCGCGCGUCGCUAUAUUCAUCGCUGGCGCUACAAUCCUGUCCAUCGGAACACUUGUGUUAGCCUCCGGUGCUGUUCAAGAGCAUGGAGAACGUUUCUGGAUUGUCUCUGGCGCGGUUGGAGCCGGGUAUGGAGCAGUAUUCAGUCUAACGCCCAUCAUCGUGACGAUGAUAUGGGGGGUCGAAAACUUCGGUACAAACUUUGGCAUCCUCGCUCUUACGCCGGCUUUGGGUUCCACGAUGUGGGGCCUGAUCUAUUCAGCGGAAUACCAGGCCGGUGCUCAAAACCCGCCUUCGCUGGCUGAAGGGGCAGACGAAGACGUGUUUUGCUACGGAACGCAGUGCUAUUCGUCCACGUUCUGGGCCAUGACGGUCUCCGUUUGGAUCGGCGUGGUCAUGGUCCUGUGGGCCUGGAAAGGCCGAAACGGUUGGUCUGAGAGGGGCAUUGUGAUUUAGAUGCGUACGCCUACAUAUACAGCACAUAUAUAUGCGGAUAAGACCUAUAUUUACACGUAUUUCCUUUAUUUAUUUGUUUAUCUUUAAUUAGAACCGAUUCUGGGAUUAUGGAUCGGGGCUUUCAUUUGUACGGAUUGGGUCUCCAUCUAUUGUACUGGAGUUAUGGGAUGGGUGUCAAGGAAUUUGGGGGAGGUUAGGAAGACUAUCAUUCAAGAGCGGGAUUAGGCAAGUACAGAUUGUAGAUAUUUUUCAUUCGUUUCUACUAUCUGAGCUUACGCUCGGAAGAGGAUU